AUGACUGAAACUCUUGCACCUACAGUUCAAGGACAAGAAAUUAUGGAAAAGUUAAAUAAACAAACAUAUGAAUGUGUUAUUUGUAUGGCUCCUAUUAGAAGAUAUCAUAAAAUUUGGUCAUGUCCACGUUGUUUUACUGCAGUUCAUUCAACUUGUGUUGUAGGAUGGGCUGCAAAUAAACCUACAUGGUGUUGUCCAGUUUGUAGACUUGAAAUUGAUAAACCACCAAAACCAUCAUGUUUUUGUGGGAAACACAUUGAAGGAAGUAAAUAUGAAUCAGCACAUUGUUGUGGGGAGAUAUGUGGAAAAUAUAGAGUAGGAACUAAUUGUCCACAUCCAUGUACAAGAAAAUGUCAUGCAGGACCAUGUGGACCAUGUACUGCAGGAGGUAAAACUGUUAAAUGUUUUUGUGGAAGAAAUAUAGUUCAUUUAGGAUGUGGACAAGAUGAAAGUUCAAGGUCAUGUGGUAAAAUGUGUAUGAAAGAAUUACCUUGUAGACAUGCAUGUAUUGCCAUUUGUCAUGAUGGACCAUGUCCUAAAUGUAGUGUACAAGUAGAAAAAUCAUGUUAUUGUGGUAAAGAGAAAUCAAAAUUUAGUUGUGGAGAUUGUGUACAAGAUCCUAUUACUAAAGGAUUCUAUUCAUGUAAAAAUAUUUGUGAUAAAGUUCUUGGAUGUGGAAAACAUCAUUGUACAAAAGUAUGUCAUUCAGGACCAUGUGAAGAAUGUCCUACACCUAUUAGUAUUAAAAGUUGUGCAUGUGGUAAAACACAUUAUAAUAGAAAAGAAUGUACUGAUCCAUUUGAAGAAUGUCCAGAAAUUUGUGGGAAGAAAUUACCUUGUGGACAUAUUUGUCAUAGUAAAUGUCAUUUUGGACCAUGUAAAUGUACAGAAAAGAUUCAAAAAAGAUGUAGAUGUGGAAAAGAAAUAAUUGAUGUACUGUGUGGUUAUGAAGGAGAAGUUACAUGUGAAAAUGUUUGUAAUGAUUUAUUAAAUUGUAAAGUUCAUAGAUGUGAUAAGAAAUGUUGUUUAGCUCAUGGUAAAAUAAAUUCUGAUUUACAUCAAUGUUUCAAUUAUUGUGGAAAAGAAUUACCAUGUGGUCAUAAAUGUAUGCAAAUUUGUCAUGGAAAUAAGAAAUGUCCACCAUGUUCUCAUAUGAUGUUAACUCCAUUAACUUGUCGUUGUGGUAAAACAAAAAUUAUGCCACCAGUUCCAUGUGGAACACAACCACCACAAUGUAAUUAUUCAUGUACUAUUAUUCCAGCAUGUGGACAUCCACCAGUACCACAUAAUUGUCAUUUUGGACCAUGUCCAAAAUGUACUACAUUAACAGAAAAGACUUGUUAUUGUAGUAAAAAUAAAGUAAAAAUACCUUGUUAUAUUGAAAGUGCUUCAUGUGGUCAAAUUUGUGGUAAAGCUAUGCCAUGCGGUGUUCAUGUUUGUAAGAGAGUUUGUCAUGAUGGUCCAUGUACUGAAAAUGGUCAAUGUCCAUAUGAGUGUGGAAAGAAAAAACCUUAUUGUACUCAUUAUUGUAACAGUAAGUGUCAUGGAGAUACUCCAUGUCCAACAACACCAUGUGACCAAUUAGUUGAAGUGAAGUGUGGUUGUGGAUUUAGAAAAGUUCAAGUGGUUUGUGGAGCAACACCAGAACAUCCAUGGCAACACAGAACGAUUGACUGUAAUCUGGAUUGCUUAAAAGAACAUGUCAGAAAGGAGAAAGUUGGAGUGGAUAAAAAAAGAGUUGAUUAUCCAUUAUGGUUUUUAUGUUUAUACGAUGCUGCAGGAAGAGCAAGUAAAGCAUUAGAAACUACAAUUAUUGAAUUUAUUAAUGAUGUUGAUAAGAAGUCUAUGAUGAUGCAACCAAUGAAUUAUUUAAUCAAUUUAGUAUUUACUUAUUUGUGUGGGUACUAUCAAAUAAAUAUUGUCCCGAUGGUGGUUAAAAAAUCACAACGCUUAAUGAUGGAGAAACAAGCACUAAGACCAGUGCUCUGUGUUCCAACAGUAUACGAUACGUUACCAUUAUACAGAACAUUAUUCCAUCCAAAGGAUAAUGAAUUUGUUGUAAAUGUAAUUGUAUAUGAUACUGAUUUUGGUGAACAAACAAUGAUUAUUCAUUUGACUCAAAUUAGUGAACAUGCACAAGAACCUAUUGAACGAUUCCUUAGUAAGAUUAAAUAUAAUUGUAGACAAGAACCAGUAAAUAAGAGUAAUAUUAUCUUAUUCUUUGAAGAUAUUGAAUCGUUAGAAUAUGCAGUAAAUAAUUUUAAGAAAAUGAAGGGAUUUGUUGUAAGAGAAGAUUUAUUAAUUCCUGAAGAAAAAGAGGAGACUUUACUACAAAAUGAAGACAAAUCAUUUACUGAUAUUGCUUUAAGAAUAAUUUCAGGAAUGUUAAAUGAAAAAUUUAAUAAUAGAGAUAUUGUUGGAAAAAUUAUGAUGGACAUGCCAGCUUAUUCAAGGGCUGCUUUAUCUAAUUAUUCUACAACAUGGAAAUGUUUAAAAGAACAAAAAGAGCCAAUACUUAAUCUUGAAAUGAAUACUCCACAGAAUUUCAUAUUAAAAGAAAUGUAUAUUGACUUUAAUGUUAAUAGAACUCAAAUAAAUCAGAUUGUAGGAUAUCAUGAACAAAUUCUUACUUUUGAUAUGAACCUUUAUAUAGGUGCAAGUGAAGAUAAAAGAGUUCAAGUUCAAUGGAAUAAAGAUAUUGGAGAAGGAGGUAAAUACUUCCACUUCUUUAAAACUAUUUCUAAUGAAAAACAAGUUUCUUUGUUAAGAAGAAAGAAAUUAUUUGUUUGGAUUGAGUACAAAAAUAAAGAUGUUAUUGGCCAUAGAGCUAAUGUUAACUUGUAUUUCGAAGCAAGGUUCCUUCCAUUAAUUAGUCAAAAGAAAAAUAAGCAAACUAAAAAAUGA